AUGAUCAUCCCGCUGUUCGGCAUAGCCGCGACGUUCACGGGCUUAGCCUUCCGUGAUGGCGUUUCAGGUGAAGCAGCCGCCGUCAGCGCUCCGAAUGUUGCGGGUAGCAGGCCCAUAUGGAGCUGUAAACCCGCAUUCUGUGCGGGGAAUACCGCACCUAUCGCAUUCCUGAGACAUUUUGUGGACGAAGGUCCCGGUGUUGGUGGCAGACCUUUCCGCAGUUGCGAGCACGGUGUCGCCCAGACUGCCAGAUGUCGACAAAAGCGGCCGGCAGAUAUCGCAAGCCAAAAGCAUGUGCUCGAAAAGGAGCGCUAUAUUAGAAGGCUGGCGCCGAAGGGGUUCGGCAGCCCCAAUACGCCAAAACCAGAACCUGAGUCAAAUAAAAGCAAGGAGGUAUUGCAGGGCUUGAAGAAGGAUUAUCCAAGCGCGACAGUGAAGCAGAUAUGGGAUGUGUACAAUUACACAGGGCCAAUAAGAAAGGGAGUUGUCAGCGGGAGACUCCUGCCGGCUAAGGGUGUUGCAAGACCAAACUACUACAAGUCAGGGAUACCGACAUAUGUGGAUUAUCCGAGGGAAACCGACUACAGGGGCGAGGACGAUCCAAGGGGUACGAUUAAAAAUGCACAAGAAAUAGAGGGGAUACGGAAAGCUUGUCGAAUAGCGCGGGAAAUUCUCGAUUCCAUAAAUCCGCUCGUCGUUGAAGGAGUUUUCACCGAUGAUAUCGACCGUUUGGUUCACAAAAUGGCUCGUAUAAAAGGAGUGUACCCCUCACCGCUAAACUACCAUGGCUUCCCGAAGUCCGUCUGCACUUCAGUCAAUGAAAUCGCGUGUCACGGCAUACCGGAUUCCACGGUUCUCUCUGCGGGAGACCUUCUGAACGUCGACAUCACGGUGUACGCAGACGGCUUCCACGGUGAUGUAUCGGAAACUUUCAUCGUGCUGCCAGCCAAGGACCCCAAACGAGUUGCGAAUAGGAAGACAGAAAUAGGGAUGUAUGAGCGCAACAAAAUGCGAUACCACGCAUCAUUGCAUGAUAACGUCUGGGACGCCGGCGCAACCAUAAUGAUGCAGCUAAACCUGCUGCAGGCGUUCGACGCAGCUGCGCGAAGGUUACAAUCAAAUGAAGGUUGGAGUGAAUGGUUCGAAUAUUUAUACACCGACAAUCCCGAUCGCAAACCAUUAUUCCUGAGCAACAAGGAAAACGACUUGAAGCGUGUUGGCACGAGGGUAGCCAUGGACGUGGAACAACUGUACAACACAGACAGCCACGAGAGCGAUUAUGACGGGCGUAUUGUUGGACUUCCAAUUACACAAAUACCCACCACAAUAUCACCACCGGGGCAGCCCAAGAAGUUCACGACUAUGCCAAAUCCCGAGAUUAUCAAGCAUAUAUUCCAAAAGGCUGACCCAAAUAGGCAUCUCAAGCCAUAUCUGUUCUCACAUACCUUCGAAGACGAUAUUGAUCUUAUGAAGGUUGCUUACGAUGCACUUAUGAAGGCAAUCGAGAUAUGUGCACCGGGAGUCAGGGUGAGUGAGAUCGGCAGGGUAAUACGCGAAUGGGUGGAAACGCAUAACUGCAACGUUCUCCCCAAUUUAGUAGGUCACGGAAUAGGCCGAAACUUCCAUGAAAACCCAAUCAUACAUCACACGGACAACGAAAGCGAUGUGGUCAUGGAACCGGGGAUGGUAUUCACCAUCGAACCAAUAGUUACCCGUAGCCGUCAUGCAGAAUGCGUGACGUGGCCUGAUGGGUGGACCAUGGCCACACAGGAUGGAAAGAAGACGGCGCAAUUUGAACACACCAUACUGAUCACAGACAACGGCCACGAAAUUCUCACUAAGCGCUUGCCGUCGUCACCAAGCCUAUAUUGGGAUCAACCAAUACAAACUAUUUUGUAA